UGUGAAGGUCACAUGUCCAUUUCGCGCGAAAGUGUGUUGACGUUCCUGUCAUAGCGACUUUGAUCAAGCCUGCAUAUAUAUCCCUCCGUGGCUCAAGCUGCUGAGUUGGAAUUUAUUUAUCGAUCGUCUUUCCUGACCAGAAGAGAAUUGUGUGGUUCUAGAUUGACAUCAUUAUGUCUCAGGCGCGGGUCACCGAUUUUUACUACCAGAGAAAGAAAGAUGCUAGUGGGGCUAGGCAUGGUGAUGGCAAUACCCAGGUUGUGGACACUGUAACAAGUAAUCCUAGCACAAGAUCAACUCGGUUGAAAAGCAAGAAUGCAACAUCUACAACAAAGGUUAUGAUAAAGACUUCAAACUCCACAUGUUCUGAAAACAGUGUACAAGAGGAGUUUAGGAGGGUUAUUGACGAGGCGACUUCGGUCGAUAAGGUGGAGAUCAUGUCUGCUGUGCUGGCGAGGACCGACUCGGAAAAACAAACACUUUUCUCCAGCCCUCGAACUCCCAAGAGGACCUCUGCAGAUGCUGAUUUCGAUCUUGGAUCAGCUGUAUUUUCAACCACUGCUGACCAUAUCAUCGCAAAGAAGCGUCUUCGGAUCGAGGCAAGAAAACAUACCAUCGCUGCAGGGACAAGUCCUGGGCCGUUUAAAGUUCUAGAGAAUUCGGUCAGGAAGCAAUUGAUUCUCUUCAAAGACGACAAAAAGACUUUCUCCAAAGAGGAUGUUGUGGCACUCGGGUUCCGACUUCAGAAGAUCAAGGACCAGACACGGAAAGCUGAGAACCUGCCCGCUACGGCCCCAGAGUCUACUGCCCCAGACCUGAAGACAAAGCUAGCCUGUGUCAAAGAGCUUGCUGCUAAGGCACAACACCGGAAGGAGGAGAGGUUGAGAGAGGCCAGAUCUACAGAGGAAAAUAAUCGCCCAAAAACCGAGGAUGGAGAUAAGAUCCCAGCCUAUCAGCAGUACCAUACUCUUGCCCAGGAUGCUCCCCCUGGCCUCACCCUGCCCUUCAAGUACAAACUGCUUGCUGGAAUGUUCCGUAGCAUGGACAUCAUAGUGGGAAUGCUUUUCAAUCGCUCAGAGACGGUUACCUUUGCCAAAGUGAAGCAGGGUGUCCAGGACAUGAUGCACAAGCGUUUUGAGGAGACCCAUGUGGGCCAGAUUAAGACGGUCUAUCCUACUGCCUACCAUUUCCGCCAGGAGAGAAACAUUCCUACCUUCAGUGCUACAGUGAAGAAGUCUAGCUACCAGCUCACAGUGGAGCCUGACAUUGAAGCUGAUAAGAGCAAGGCAGUGCUGGCUGCUUCCCACCUAUUAGAGAGGCGACGUAUCUUCCAUCAAAACCUAAUCAGCAUUGUGAAAGGGCAUCACAAGGCGUUCCUUGCCAAGUUGAAUCCUCCUAUUAGAGUCCCAGAUGACACGCUUACCCGCUGGCACCCUCGCUUCAAUGUGGAUGAGGUGCCCAAUGUCCUGCCCGGUGAGCUGCCCCAGCCCCCACAGGGAGCUGAGAAGCUAACCACUGCCCAGGAGGUUCUGGACAAGGCCCGCUCCAUGAUGACCUAAGGUACUUAUGACCUGUUGUCCUAAAUUCUCCUCUACACAUCCAACCCUUAACACACACAGUCAAUGCUGUUGUUUUAUCUAUAUAACAUCUGUGUGACGAAGACACUAGCCACUUUAUAUUGUGUACUUCCAUUUUUUUGCAUUGUUGCAGGAGCUUGCAAGUAAGCAUUUCACUGCAUGUAUUAUACUGGCUGUAAACUCUGUACGUGCUGAAUAAACUUGAUUGGAUUGGGCUUUAGUUUGAUAGGCAUUCAUUUCAAUAGCAUUGUUUGGUAUUCAUUUUGCUCUUUCCAGAUGGAGAAAGCACUGGCCAACAUGGUCUUGAAGACCGCAGAGAUGGUCUGUGAAAA